CGAAGUCACAAAGCGUAUUUAACGGUAGCGUGAGAGAUAAAAAAAAUUGUAGUAAUUUUUUACAAAACCAAUUUUCUUUCGGUAAGCAUUUGUGGUUAGUCGUGGCUACUGCCCUGAGAUGAGUUUUUAUUCCGAAUAUUUAAAGGCCAGUGUAAACAGUAAAAAAAGAAGAAGAAACGGCAAUUAAUAAAUAUAUAUAACCUAACUUUCAAACAAAAUUUUAAAAAUGAAUUUAAACAAAUUAAAUAUUAUUUGGAGGAAUGUUACAACACAAAAAAACGUAAUCCUAACGCCAACUCCAAUACAAAAAUGCUUCUUAGUAAGAAAAAGUACAACUAAUAAGGACAGUAGUUCUAGUAGUAGCAGCAGCAGCAGUAGUUCUGAUAGUGAUGAGGAUGUUAAAACUAAGACAAAAAUCGUUAAAGCAAAAACGGUUCCACCAAAAAAUAAUGAAGAAACUAUGACUAAAUUAAACAGUCUGUUGCAACAACUUAUAAAGAACGAUACGGUGGCUAAGACAUCAGAAUUAAAAUUAGCAAGGCCCAAAGAUAAGAGAGUACCUAAAGAACAAAGGGAAGCAAGGCGCGUUGAAACUAAUGAGAAAAAGUUGGAAAAAGCAGUGGGAGAAGUAGCUAAAGAUAUUGGUGGAGAUACAAAACAAACAGAAUCAGAGCUGUUAACUAAACUUCUUAGUCCAAUAGAGUCCAAAGAAUCAUCAAAAAGCUUAAAUGAAAUUAUGAAGGGCAUGAAGAUCGAUAGAGAACCAAAAUCAGUUCAAAAAUCCAAAGCUGAGCAAGUAAGAAAUAUUUUGCAAAAUGUGCAAACAAAAAGGCAGGAUGGUGUUAGGACUCAACCUAGAGCAAGACAGAGUUACCAACCUAGAUCCAGACCACCAACAUCAAUAGUUGUUGAAAAAAUUGACCUAUUUGGAGCAAAACCUUUGGGUAUAUUCACUAAUAAAGAUUUAAAAGAAACAAAUCUGAAAACUUGGCAAAAAUUGUAUGAAAAAGAAUUGAAAUUGGCCAUUACUCACCCUCCUGCUAAUUAUUUCCAAGAGAUGAUUUUAUGGACAGAACAGGGAAAAUUGUGGAAGUUUCCUAUAGAUAAUGAACAAGGUUUAGAAGCGGAAAAGAAUGUAGAUUUUUCCAAACACAUCUUUCUGGAAGAGCAUUUAGAAUCAUGGUGUCCACCAAAGGGACCUAUAAGACAUUUUAUGGAAUUAGUUUGUGUGGGUCUAUCUAAAAAUCCUUAUUUAACAGUAGAGGCGAAAAUAGAACACAUAGAAUGGUUUAAAAAUUAUUUUGAGGAGAAGAAAAAGUUGCUUAAAGAAGUCGGUGCUAUUCCAACAGAUGGCAGGAAAGCUGAUCAAAAUAAACAAAUAGAGUAGUUUACAAGUUGUAUUAAUGUUUAAU